AUGGUGCCACCUCACCGCAUCAACUUCCUCGAUGCCAUCUCAUGCUCACUAACUAUUUUUGUUAUCCCCCCCCUCUCUCUCUCUCUCUCUCUCUCUCUCUCUUCAGCACCACCAAAGUUUUUAAGAACCCCCAAUGAUCAAACGGGCGUGCAAGGAGGCGUGGCGUCCUUCAUCUGCCAAGCUAUGGGAGAUCCGCGGCCAAAGAUUGUGUGGAACAAGAAGGGGAAGAAAGUCAGCAACCAGAGAUUUGAGGUGAUCGAGUUCGACGACGGCUCUGGUUCGGUGCUAAGAAUUCAGCCCUUGCGCACGCCCCGAGACGAAGCCAUAUACGAAUGCGUCGCCUCCAACAGUGUUGGAGAGACUAGCGCCACCACCAGACUCACUGUUUUACGUGAGGAUCAGCUGCCCCCUGGUUUCCCCACUAUAGACAUGGGCCCCCAGUUGAAAGUGGUGGAGCGAACACGCACCGCCACUAUGCUCUGUGCCGCCAGCGGCAACCCCGACCCAGACAUUUCCUGGUUCAAGGAUUUCCUCCCAGUCAACACCACCAGCAACAUCGGACGCAUUAAGCAGCUCAGAUCAGAAUCCUUUGGUGGUACACCAAUAAGAGGCGCCCUCCAGAUUGAGCACAGCGAGGAAUCUGACCAGGGGAAGUAUGAAUGUGUGGCGACCAACAAUGAUGGAACCCGCUACUCUGCCCCGGCCAAUCUAUAUGUCAGAGAGCUUCGAGAAGUACGCCGGGUGCCCCCGAGAUUUUCUAUCCCGCCCACAGACAACGAGAUCAUGCCGGGUGGAAGUGUCAAUAUCACGUGUGUUGCAGUGGGUUCUCCCAUGCCGUAUGUGAAGUGGAUGCUCGGGGCUGAAGAUCUUACCCCUGAGGAUGACAUGCCCAUCGGACGCAACGUCUUGGAGCUCACGGACGUCCGCCAGUCCGCCAACUACACCUGUGUGGCCAUGUCAACCCUGGGGGUGAUCGAGGCUGUGGCACAGAUAACAGUAAAAGCAUUGCCUAAAGCUCCUGGCGUUCCUGUGGUGACGGAGCGCACAGCCACCAGCAUCACAUUGACCUGGGACUCUGGCAACCCUGAGCCGGUGUCCUACUACAUCAUUCAACACAAGUCCAAGUACUCCGAAGACUCCUACAAGGAAAUCGACGGCGUUGCCACCACGCGCUACAGCGUCGGCGGCUUGAGCCCUUAUUCUGACUAUGAGUUUCGGGUGGUGGCUGUGAACAACAUUGGGCGAGGGCCACCCAGCGAGAGCAUCGAGGCCAAGACAGCGGAGCAGGCACCAAGCACGGCGCCGAGGCAGGUCAGAGGUCGUAUGCUGAGUGCCACCACCGCUGUCAUCCACUGGGACGAACCAGAGGAGGCCAAUGGGCAAAUCAUGGGAUACCGGGUGUACUACACCAUGGAUUCCAACCAGCACGUCAACCUCUGGGAAAAGCAGAUUGUUCGGGGGUCAAACUUCCUUACCAUCCAGGGCCUCAUCCCAAAUAAGACCUACUAUAUCAAGGUUCUGGCUUAUACCUCUGUGGGUGAUGGACCCCUCUCUCCUGACCUUCAGAUCAUUGCUAAGACGGGAGUUCCCUCGCAGCCGACCGAUUUCAAAGGAGAAGCAAAAUCGGAAACAAGCAUACUACUGUCAUGGGUUGCACCGGCACAAACAGGACAGGACAACCAAAUCACAGGAUAUGAGCUUUUGUACAAGAAGAGGGAUGACAAAGACGAGAAUCGAGUCAGCUUCGAACCAACCACCACAUACCUCCUGAAGGACUUGAAGCCCUUCACUACCUAUACUUUCCAGCUAGCUGCCCGUAGUAAACAUGGAGUUGGCGCUUACACAAAUGAGAUAUCUGCCGAGACGCCACAAACACAGCCCUCCGGCCCGCCUCAGGAUGUCAAGUGCUAUAGCCCCAGCUCCACCAACAUUCUGGUAAGUUGGCGGCCACCCCCGACGGAGCUACAAAACGGGAUCAUAACAAAAUAUACAGUGCAGUAUGGCGCCAUCGAAGGAGAGGAUACUACCACUCGUCAAAUCCCCAACAUCCCUCCGGAAAACUCUCAGUACCUUUUGGAAAACUUGGAAAAAUGGACGGAAUACCGUGUGACGGUAACUGCUCACACAGAUGUCGGAGCAGGACCAGAGAGCUUGCCCCAGCUCGUCCGCACAGAGGAGGAUGUUCCCAGCGGGCCACCUCGUAAAGUUGAGGUGGAGGCUGUCAACUCCUCAUCAAUUAAAGUGAUCUGGCGCUCUCCGAUGCCCACCAAGCAGCACGGUCAGAUCCGAGGGUACCAGGUGCACUAUGUCAGGAUGGUUAAUGGGGAGCCCACAGGACAGCCAGUCAUCAAGGACAUCUUGAUCGAUGAUGCUCAGUGGGAAUAUGAUGAUUCAACCGAACACGAAAUGAUCAUCACAGAGCUGCAGGCUGAGACCACAUAUUCAGUUACAGUCGCCGCCUAUACGACAAAAGGUGAUGGGGCUCGUAGCAGGCCCAAGCCAAUCACCACCACUGGCGCAGUUCCUGAUAAACCUGGACUCAUGGUCAGUACUACCAACAUGGGUACAGCUCUCCUCCAGUGGUACCCCCCAGCAUUAACCCACGGCCCACUGCAAGGUUAUCGGCUCCGUUUUGGCCGUAAAGACGUGGACCCACUGACUGUCAUCGAGUUCCCUGAGCGCGAGAACCACUACACUACGAAAGAGAUUCAUAAGGGGGCCUCGUACACAUUCCGGCUGUCAGCCCGCAACAAGGUGGGCUUCGGGGAAGAGAUGGUCAAAGAGGUGACAACCAAUGAGGAUGUCCCAAGUGGUUACCCUCAGAGCAUCACAGCUGAGGGCAGCACUACCACCACCAUUCAGAUUAGCUGGAAACCCCUUUUGCUGGCAGAGCGUAAUGGCCAUAUUCUGAAAUAUGCUCUCCAGUACAAGGACAUCAACAGCCCCCGCAGCCCCUCGGAGCUCUUCAUCACUGCCCCAGAGUCAACCGUCAUCUUGGACGGCCUCAAGCCAGAUACCACUUAUGAUAUCAAAAUGUGCGCCUUCACCAGCGAGGGCUCCGGCCCCUAUAGCCCAAGUGUCCAAUUCAGGACACAGCCUUUGGAUCAAGCAGUGUUUGCAAAAAAUUUCCACGUGAAAGCUGCCAUGAAGACGUCGGUGUUGCUCAUGUGGGAAAUCCCAGAUAACUACAACCCUGCUCAACCCUUUACUAUCCUCUACGAUAAUGGGCAGAGUGUGGAGGUGGAUGGGAAGCUCGCCCAGAAGCUAAUUACGGGUCUUCAACCUGAGACCCAGUACUCUUUCCUGCUGACCAACCGUGGGAACAGCGCUGGGGGUCUUCAGCAUCGUGUGUCCACCAAGACAGCUCCAGACAUCCUACGCACCAAACCCUAUCUAAUUGGCAAAACCAACUCUGAUGGUAUGGUGACUGUGGAGCUACCAUCAGUGCAGACAUCCGAGAAAGUCAGGGGAUACUACAUUGUGGUGGUGCCUCUGAAAAAGCAGCGUACUGGCAAGUUUCUGAAGCCCUGGGACAAUCCUGAUGAGAUGAAUUUGGAGGAGCUGCUCAAAGAGAUCAACCGAACAAGCAGAGGCCUCCGGUUCCAGAGGCAGGCCGAACCCAAAGCCUACAUUGCCGCCUACUUCAGAGACCUGCCCACAGAGUUCACCCUGGGAGACGCCAAGAUCUAUGGCGACUUUGAAAACAAGCAACUCCAGAAUGGCCAGGAAUACAUCUUCUUCGUGCUUGCUGUUCUAGAGAUGUCCGAAAACACCAUGUAUGCCACCAGUCCCUACUCCGACCCCGUUGUGUCAGCUGACAUCGACCCCCAGCCAAUCAUCGAUGAGGAAGAAGGGCUGAUCUGGGUGGUGGGCCCUGUUCUUGCCGUUGUCUUCAUCAUAUGUAUUGUCAUUGCCAUCCUUCUUUAUAAGAGCAAACCAGACAGGAAACGAGCUGAAUCUGAAGCUCGGAAAGGAAGCCUUCCCAACAGCAAGGAAAUGCCAUUGCAUCAUCCCACAGACCCUGUUGAACUUCGACGUCUCAACUUCCAAACGCCUGGUUCAGGUGCGCCCGGUUACCCAAGUAACCUCCAUUCGUCAAGUAUGGCCAGCCACCCUCCGAUCCCUAUCAUGGACCUGGCAGAUCACCUGGAGCGCCUAAAAGCCAACGACAACCUGAAGUUUUCACAGGAAUAUGAGUCUAUCGACCCUGGGCAGCAGUUCACCUGGGAGCACUCCAACUUGGAAGUCAACAAACCAAAGAACAGAUAUGCCAACGUGAUAGCGUACGACCACUCCAGAGUAUUGCUGUCUGCUAUCGAUGGCAUCCCUGGAAGUGACUACAUCAACGCCAACUACAUCGAUGGCUACAGGAAGCAGAACGCCUACAUUGCCACGCAGGGCUCACUGCCAGAGACAUUUGGCGAUUUUUGGAGGAUGAUCUGGGAACAGAGGAGUGCCAACAUUGUCAUGAUGACCAAGCUGGAGGAGAGGUCCAGGGUAAAAUGUGACCAGUACUGGCCCACAAGAGGCACGGAGACCUACGGUCUCAUCCAGGUGACCCUACUGGACACAGUAGAGCUGGCCACGUACUGCGUCAGGACGUUUGCACUUUAUAAAAAUGGUUCCAGCGAGAAAAGAGAGGUGAGGCAGUUCCAGUUUACAGCCUGGCCAGACCACGGGGUACCUGAGCACCCUACUCCAUUCCUGGCCUUCCUCAGGCGGGUGAAAGCCUGCAACCCACCGGACGCAGGACCCAUGGUGGUACACUGCAGUGCCGGGGUGGGACGCACAGGCUGCUUCAUCGUGAUUGACGCCAUGCUGGAGCGAAUCAAGCAUGAGAAGACCGUAGACAUCUACGGCCACGUGACGCUGAUGCGCGCCCAGCGGAACUACAUGGUGCAGACGGAGGACCAGUACGUCUUCAUCCACGAUGCGCUCCAGGAGGCCGUCAACUGCGGCACCACCGAAGUGCCCGCCAGGAACCUCUAUGCCUACAUCCAGAAACUGACGCAGAUGGAGGGCGGCGAGAACGUCACCGGCAUGGAGCUGGAGUUCAAGCGUUUAGCCAACACUAAAGCUCAUACAUCAAGAUUCAUCAGUGCCAAUCUCCCCUGCAACAAGUUCAAGAACCGCCUUGUGAACAUAAUGCCAUACGAGUCCACACGAGUGUGUCUUCAGCCCAUUCGAGGGGUCGAGGGCUCGGAUUACAUCAACGCCAGUUUCAUUGAUGGAUACAGGCAACAGAGGGCCUACAUCGCUACACAGGGGCCUCUGGCAGAGACAACAGAAGACUUCUGGAGGAUGCUGUGGGAACACAACUCCACCAUUGUAGUCAUGCUCACCAAGCUGAGAGAAAUGGGCAGGGAAAAAUGCCACCAGUACUGGCCAGCGGAGAGGUCCGCCAGAUACCAGUACUUUGUGGUGGACCCUAUGGCGGAAUACAAUAUGCCCCAGUACAUCUUGAGAGAGUUUAAAGUGACUGAUGCUCGGGACGGACAGUCACGGACAGUAAGGCAGUUUCAGUUCACAGACUGGCCCGAGCAAGGAGUGCCAAAAUCCGGAGAGGGCUUCAUCGAUUUCAUCGGCCAAGUACAUAAAACAAAAGAGCAGUUUGGCCAAGAUGGGCCUAUCUCGGUCCACUGUAGUGCGGGCGUCGGUAGGACUGGAGUUUUCAUCACCCUCAGCAUCGUCUUGGAAAGAAUGAGAUACGAGGGUGUGGUGGACAUCUUUCAGACGGUGAAAAUGCUACGCACACAGAGACCGGCUAUGGUGCAGACAGAGGAUCAAUACCAGUUCUGCUACAGAGCUGGCUUGGAGUACCUGGGAAGCUUUGAUCACUAUGCAACGUAAAGGACCCCGUAUCGGAGGAGAAAAGCGGAGGGCCCCAUGGAAAAGAAAACCCAGCGAGCCUCUCUUCUGAGCCAUAAAUUCCUGCUUGAGAAAGUACUUCUUAACUCCUAGCUAACAACUCAUUUAAGUGUUGGAUGUGUGACAUGA